UGAAGCAUGAGAGGAAAGUAACGGUACUUUGCCAAUGACGUUUGAGGAUUUUGUUUGUGGUAGCACUGUGAAUUGAAGUGGUCUGCACUCUGCACAGUGGCUAUCAGGUGGUAGUGUGCGAAGUGAAUUGCGGCAGUCAAAUAAUUGUUAUACAGUUUAGCUUCAUGGGCUCUUCUUCAAGAUAUUCAACGCCCGCGCAAAUGCGGUUUGUAGUGCAGUGGUUUAGUGAGUGGAGUGAAAUGCAGAGAAAUGAUUUCUUACUGGAGUUGGCCCAAAAAAUAAUCCCUAACGGUUAUGUUAAUGGUUUGGUAGCUGGUAUGGAUGGUGUUGCCGUGAAGGAAGAUCGCCCACCCUCUCUGUUUCAGUGUCGGAUCAAGCUGUUUAGGGAAUGGGCAGAUAAUUGGAACGAAUCUGAAAAACAGGAAGUUCUGGCGAAGAUUAAAGCUUUGGAUGCCAAUUUUGCAUCAAAAUUUGACGAAGAAUUGCAGUCGGUUUCACAAUCUAGUGAACAACCAAGCCAACCAGUUGCGGAAGGCGGAGAAACAUUGUAAAAAGGGAAAAAGUAAUAUUCACAUUAAUGUGGGGUGUAGGUCUGUUCGAUCUGAUAAGAAUUUAAGUGCAUUGCAAAUUAUAGUAAACACAGGAAACAUACUCAAGUUUCUGGUGACUUGAAGUCAUUAGGGUUUAUGGUUCACUAAGUUUGUAUCAAAUGAAAUGUCUUAGAAAUGUUUAAAGGGCAUGUAUUCUCGUUACUAGUAGAGAUUGUACUUUCGAUACAUAUUAGGUCAGUAUUAGUAUUAUAUAUAGGCCUAGUAGUAAAUGACUUGAACUUCGUAUUUACCUGUUCCUUUUGGGUUUGGUUCUGUGUUAUUGCGGUUAAAAUAGAAUUUAAUAUAUUUCAUUUUUUCUGCUAAAUACAGAUGAGCAUACAUUUUGUUUGGUGCGCCAUCUGUUCAGUUGACAGCGGAUUUUACUUGCUAAUAAGGCCUAUAGGCUGUGCUAAUGCACGGGUACAACCCAGAAUCUACGUAAUUUCACGUUGUUUGACAGAGAGUUGAAGCAGAUGUAACAUUAUAGCUUCCUUGGUGAGCACUGUUGCUACUACGUGUUCUAAAAAAAAGAAGUUAUGUAUGUAAAAUAGUACUACAGCCAGUUUUCUUCCAUUUGUUUGUUACUUAAGACCAUAGUGGUUGGUUCUGUAUACAGAGCUGCCUGCGGCAAGUGAAAUAUAUGCAGUUGAUGUAAUUUAUUUGGGUAAUGCUUUUAUCCACAUAUAUUUCAUCAACACAUUUUUUUCCAUAAAAGUGCUGCCAGGGACAGGUUACUGAAGUAACUUUUUUUUCCAAAAUUGUGCCUGAAUCCCUGAAGAUAAGAUCUGGAAUUUACUGUUCUGUUUUUUACCUCUUUCAUAACCUAGCUAUAACUAGCGAAUAUUUGAUUUUCCACCAGAAAUUUACAGUUUUCGUCAAUAGUAAGGAGAAAGUGAUUUUUGUCUGUGUGAGAACUGUUUUGAAGUUCAGUUUCAUUCAAAAGUUGGGAGUUAAUACUUGGUUUCUUUUUUAUAGUGUUCAUGUGUUGUAAGCUACAGGAAAUUGCUUGCUUUGUGGACACAUGACAUUGUCAUGUAAUUUGUUAAUUGGCAGCUUGUAAGUAACUGAGGACAUGUUUCGCACUUAUGUUAAUUAACAUAUAUAGCAUUAGGCAUGGAAUGUGUUGAAAUUCAGUUUCAUAAAGUUUGCAGCUCUUGAAUAUUUUUAAAAGUUUCGCUGUUAAUGUGUUAAAUAGCAGUCCUUGUUCAUGGGAUGCACUUCAUUUGUGGUAACUGAGAGGUGUAUGUGACUGAUCAGUGCUCUGACAGAAUUGGAAAAGAAAGAAUCAGUUGCAGUUGUGAGAUAGCCACACCAAACUAUAGUUGAUGACUUCAUAAUUGCUGUUUAUGGACAUAACUGUUUCUCAUAAAUUAUUUUUAAUGAUGAGAUUGUGGAAGAUAAGUGUACUGAUGUCAUGAACUAUGAUUUCAUGUCAGUGCUUUGUUGUUACUGCUUGAUUUACUAGAAAAUUUUACCUGAUGUGUAGUUGACAGAAAAAGUAAAAACAGUUCUAAGAACGAUACCUUCAGUCAACAUUUGUCUUAGUGUCUAACGUUUAUUUACUUUUUUUCAUCGGGCUAUGUGAGGGGAUGGGGGUUGGCUUUGUGUACCAGUAGCAUUACCAAUCCCAGUAUUCCACCCAAAUAGAGCUUUUGUAUCAACCCAAGUUUCAGUAUCUGAUUUUGCUAUCAUUUGUGUUGUAUUUCAAUGUGGUAAUAAUGUUCCUUUAUUCUUCUCAGGACGUGGCAUUUUCUAAUUUUUAGGGACACUUCUUUUCAAGAUGUGUAUUGUUUUUGGUAAAAAUCGCUCUUGCAUUUGAGUAUGGUUUGGGUAAACAAACACCUUCAUUACUCAGUUCCUUUGCAAAUCAUCACUCCAUUUACUUUGUAUUAAACAUCCUGACAAAUGAACAGCACUAAAAAUUGUUGUAUGAACAUUUUGUAAGACAUAGGUCUCACUUUCUAAUAAUUCCUCCUGUGAGCCUUAAAUUUUCUUAUCCUUCCCUGACAAAUUUAAGUGGCUGUUUCAGGUUAUAUGGCUGCAAAUGUCAAUGUGCUUACUUUAAAGACCCAUGCCUUUAGGUGUCAGGUUCUAUGACCUUUUAAUCUGUUCAUGUGCAUUGCAUAUUUGCUUAUGCCGAGAGUAAGCUGCUAGUAUUUGCACCAGUCAUUGUUUUUCUUGUGAGGCGACUCCCUCUUAGCAGCAAAGGAUUUUCAGAAGUGUUUUCAAAUUCUGUGGCCUGUUUUCCUGCAUCUUAAGUAUUUUUUGUGUAGCUGUCCUCAUCUUCGCAGCAGGAAUGCAGUAUAUAUUAUUGUAGCUGUUUCCAUUAUUAUUCUUACUCAAAGUCUGUUUUGACAAUAAGCAUGUGGCAGUAAGUGACAAGCUUUAUAGUUUAGCAACUGACAGAAUUAGUUACUCAUAAUUAAGACAUACAGGAUUUUGUUUUGCAGUUGCAGUACAUUGUAUAACCCCUUCAUAUUUAGUGCUCAGAUAUUACCCACAAUCCAUAAACUAUGGGUUAGUAAACCAAUCUUAAUUACUGGGUUUUGUAGUGUUUAUUUCCAUCUUUUUUUAGGCAUGUCAGAUCAUCUUCAUAGUUUAUAUUCUCAUCGUGGUAUGUGCAGAUGCUGUUAUUGUAGGUGUAUCCACUUAUUGUUUUUGGAAAGUUUUUCUUUUUCCCUGAUAGUUCCACCUGUCCUUAAGUUAGGAUGUGUACCUGCAAUGUGAUAUUGGUUAGUCCUCCAUCCUUAAUUUCUAUUGUAUUCUUUGAUUUCAUUGGUAAUACCAUUCAUUAUGGUUGUAAACUCAUAUAAGUAAUAUUUAUUUUUAUUUUCAUGCACAUCUGUUUUAUGAUACUGCAGUAUAGAAUACAACCACCUGAAUGAUGCAUAGCCACCAACUAAUGGUUAUUACCUGACAUUUCUCUGGGAUAAUGUAAACAUCUGUAAUAAGCUGGCUUCCAUGUUAGUUACAACAGCAAGUAACACUUUUGAGCUGUGCAUACCAUCUGUAAUAAUUUUUUUGUAGGUCUUUAACAUUUUUUUAGAAUGAAGAUAUUUUUCAUACUUCCAAUUUCUGUCAAAAUGUUGUCGUUUAAUGGUUCUGUGCCCAUAACUUCUUGGAUGCGGGUUUUGUAAUUAUUUCAGUGGUGAUUGUUUAAUGCAGUACUGUCAAAGCAGGAUUGGAAUAUUGUAUUUAAUUUUUAAAAGCCUGUUAGCACCAAUUUGUUGUGGCUGAGUAGUAUAAAAACAUAAGUUUUAGUGUGACAAUAAGCAUUUUUACACAUUCCAGUUUUUAUUUUUUAUGUUAAUGCAAAGCACUGAUUAUUUUAGGGAUGUAAAUUGUAAAAUUAUUUUGUAGUGUGUGUGUGUGUGUGUGUGUGUGUGUGUGUGUGUGUGUGUGUGUGUGUGU